AUGGCGUCGUCGGUGGCCCGUUCGCCGGUCGGCCACGACAGAAACGACAGAAGGGAAAAAGGGGAAGCGGAGACAGAGCAAAAUGGUGGAAAGAACAAGAUCCGCAUCGCAAAGAUUGGUGGGCGGUAUCUCGUCUUUGAUGUCGCCGACGUCGCGCGCCUGCGUCGCCAGCAUGACUUGUGUGCCGUCCUCGUUGGCAUCACUCCGCAAGCGCCCAACCAGACCGUCUUUAGUAGUCUGCCGCUCGAGUUGACGGCCGACGAGGUACGGUGGCUCGUAUACGAGCGCCGUGCCGCCUACGUCGCAGACGACUGGCAGGCGCACCUGGCAGCUCUUAAGCAGCCAACCGCUCGCCGUGCCUACAUGGACAAUGUGCUGCGUCAGCGGCAGGCAGCGCAGGUGGUGGCUGACGAGAUCAUGGCCGAGCGCGAACGGCGGGGUGCUGAAGUGCGCGCGAGCCAGGCUGCCAAACCGGCCAGCCGAAAGAGCAAAAAAGCCGCCCACAAGGCCGGCGACAGCAGCAAGAAGGACGUCGUAAAAGAGACGGAUGCAAUGCCAGAGCCAGAACUGGAAAGGGAAGCGGAAGCUGCACAGCCUGUAGUAGCAGCAGCGAACGACAUAGACACGGCAUCCGCGACCGAGACUGCUGUCGAUGACGUCCCUCACAAGAUUCUGGUGACCAAGGCGACUGAUCGCGCAAACGACCAUGCCGAUUUGGAGCCUCUGUUACGGGCACCACCGCGCACAGAGGAAGUUAUGCAACAGGAAGAUGAUUUUCUCUUCGGAGGCCCGGUGGAAGUAGAGAGAAUGAAAACCGACCGAGCCCGUCGAGGUACAUCGCCGACGCCCGAGAAGAUGAAUAAAGAGAAGGACGACAAGAAAAAAGACAAUUCUGCUGCAAGUAGCAAGCCUCUCGUGCGGAUCACACCGACUACUUCGGCUGGCCUCCUUGCGGAUAGGGAAGAGGACGAAGACGACGGUACUGCCGCCUUGAUCCCGCCACGGAGCACAUUGCUCGCCUCGACGUCAUCCUUUGCGUCGGCCGCUUUGCGUGCCCACCUUGCGGAUCGGGGCUACUUCACGACACCUGGUCUGCGCUUUGGUGGCGCACUCAGUGUCUAUCCUGGUGACCCGUUCCGGUACCAUGCCCACUUUGUGGCGAACAGCUACGGAUGGGACGAGCCCAUCAAGCUCCUGGAUGUUGUCGGCACCGGCCGCUUGGCGACAGGUGUCAAGAAGGGAUUGCUGAUUGGCAGUGCGAAGCCUACCGAGGGAAAAUCUGAAGGCGAAGGCGUUAGCGCCGUUGUGCGGACGUUUACGCUCGAGUGGGCGGCCAUCUGA